AUGGACUGCCCGCCGCCCCUGCUGGACUCGCGGUACGGCAGCCUCACGUUCCCGCAGUUCCUCGACGGCGUCCCCAGCAUGUUCCCGCGCGCCGAAAGCCUUCACCUGACGGUGCAGUGGCGCAACCCGCGACCCGAGCGCUGGGGCAUGCCCAACCCGACGCAGGCGGCCUUCCAGACGGCCGAGGAGGCCAUCAUGCGCCCGCUCGACGGCAUGGUGCGGCGCCUAGGCCCGCACGUGCGCGACUGCUCCAUCGCCAUCCCCAGCUCCAUGUACGGCCCGCGGCGCCGGCGCGCAAAGGAGGCCGGCGCCGUCGUCGAGCAGGCCUGCUACGGCGGCUGUCUGGAGCGGUACUGGCGGCCGCUGGACGGCUGCGCGCACCGCGCGGGCUACUGGGUGCGGCACGGCCACAAGGACAUUGCGCUCCCGUACAUGAGCCCGACCGAGAUUUGCAUGGAGGACUGGAUCCUGUUUUACGGCGUGUGA